ACAUCACAUGACAACUUUUCCAGGGAAAGAGGCAUGUGAUAUAUAUUCCUCAUCCUGCUGCUUUUUAUAUAUUUAAGUCCGAUUCUGCACAUGGUCGUAGUCCUAACUAUGAUGGCCAGGAACGUUAAGACUGUCUUCUUGCCGGUAUUAGUUCUAGCUUCUUACGCCUCGGCUGGGGUAUUCUUUCAGAGAAACAAGCCGUGCUACAUACCGGGUCUGGUACGCAGGCACGCUGGGGUGAGAAAUUACCCUCGGCCUCAUGAAUUGUUACCCAGCUCUUCAAUGCCCAAAGCCUGGGAUUGGCGAAAUGUGAAUGGAACCAAUUAUGUUAGUACCACUAGAAACCAGCACAUCCCAACAUACUGUGGAUCCUGCUGGGCUCAUGGCAGUACUAGUGCCUUAGCAGAUCGCAUUAAUAUAAAGAGGAAAGGUGCCUGGCCAUCGGCAUACAUAUCUGUUCAGAAUGUCAUUGACUGUGGAAAUGCAGGAUCUUGCGAGGGUGGUGACCAUUUUGGUGUCUGGCAAUAUGCACAUGAUAAAGGGAUUCCUGAUGAGACAUGUAAUAACUACCAGGCCAAAGACCAAGAUUGUACUCCAUUCAACCAGUGUGGCACCUGCACCACAUUUGGCAAGUGUUUUGUGAUUAAAAACUACAAUGUCUGGAAGGUGGGAGACUUUGGUUCCGUCAGUGGCAGAGAGAAGAUGAUGGCAGAGAUAUAUGCAAAUGGACCAAUCAGCUGUGGUAUCAUGGCAACAGAGAAACUUGAUAAUUACACUGGAGGUGUUUAUUCAGAAUAUAACCCUACUCCUUUCAUAAAUCACAUUGUGUCGGUGGCAGGCUGGGGUGUCGACAAUGAAACAGAAUACUGGAUUGUUCGCAACUCCUGGGGUGCACCAUGGGGUGAGAGUGGCUGGCUCCGAAUUGUGACAAGUACAUAUAAAGGAGGUUCUGGAAGUAGUUACAAUCUUGCCAUUGAGGAGGACUGUGCUUAUGGUGACCCUGUAGUGCCUUGAAAACUGAUGCAAAGACCUACCAAUGUUUUAUCACACCAAAUCAGUCAUGUUUUAAUACACAGAGCUUCUACUAUGAUGCUGUACUGCCUUGAAAACUGACUUGUGACCUGUGUUUUAGCGCACCAAAUCAAUCACUUCAGGAUGGUUUCAUCAUUUUUUAUUACAGAGUGCCUUUAUAUUUCAUAAUUGGGAUUUUUAUGAUUGCAUAUGAAUAUAAAUUUUAUACUUUCUGGA